UCUGACUGAUGUUUUAAGACAAAACAAUUGUGAACCCAUCCUUUAAAUUGCUUAGUUUUGUAUGGCUAUUUCAAGAGAAUAAUAUUAUGUUUACAACAUAGACUGCAUAAUUGAGAUCUGCAGGGCACGUUUUCUAGGAGAGACUAGGUACCAGGUAAUUUUAAUAGGCUGCAAUCUAUCACACAGAACAUCAUUAAAACAAUGUUAGUGAUUGAGUUGCUAGGCUUGAGUAGAUUAAUCUGAUACCAUUUUGUUAAAUCAGGAUCAACAUGAGGAUGUAAAUAUAUCUGUGACCUCUUAUAUAUUCUUUGAAGGCUGCUGGAAACUAUCGGUCCGACUUGACUGCAGCUUUUUGUCAGUGCCCCCUGCUGCUGCCUGAUCCCGUCCACUUUCCAGUCGAGGCGCAGUUCAUCCUAAACCAGCCUAUUGGUAGAUGGCUCGAAUGAAUCGGACCCGCAGUGCGCUCCAGGGUUCGCGCCAGCUGUGCUCCCUCAUCAUGUGAUGCUGUUGAGCACAGCAGCCACCGCCGGAGCGGCACUGUCAGGACGUGUGUGUGGAAUAAAAAAGGUACUCCAAAGACAUGUUCAUAAUCCUUCCAGCGGAGCAAGUUGUCAGUUUUUAUUGUAAUUUACAGCUUGGCCAAAUUAAGACACUUUCUGUGGCUUGGUCUUCGUGAUCGCUUGUGUUUUUCCUCCAACUCUUGGAUAACUAUGUGAGCUUCAUGCUAGCUCUAUCAACAAUCACCCAGUCUGAGCAACAGCAGCAGCGGAGCCACUGAGCCGACGAUCAUUUCCCACAGCUCCGUAUGGAUUUGACGUCUGCAUACAUUGUUGCUUGAUGUUUCACAGAGGGUCGAUUACCGGUGAUUUCGAAGAUGGGGGAGCCGUGUGACCUUAAGCACUUGGUAAAAGAGGAGGGGAGUAGUGCUUCGGUAAAGGUGGAGGGCCUAUCCAAGGCAGCUCUAAUCAAAAGCCUGUCCCCUAGAGUUGUGCUAUCCAACCAUCUCUUGCCUAAAGGGACCAAGAUGAAGGUCAACCUAGAGGAUCAGGGUCGUCAGAAAGUGUCCUUCAGCUUCGCGCCGACCAAGAAGCCACUGCAGAGCUUGUUCUUCAUCCCUCCCAGCCCUGACAAGUCUGUUGCUGAACCUAAUGCUGCCUUGUCUCAGUCAGCCUCAGACAAAGGAGGACAGAGUACAGACAGCAAACCUGAGAAAAAGCAGACACCUGUGCUGCCAACAUCAAUAGCAGAGACACCUUCUCAAACACCAGUCACCUCAGCUACUAAACUGAAAACGGAUGUAGCAAAGAUGCAUUUCAAGAAACAAAUUCUCAGUGGAUCUGUGACUGAAGAGAAACCAACAUCUGUUGUGCCAGAGGAGCCAUGCUCCCCUGAACCGCAGGUUCUGCAGAAAUCAACAAAUAAGAGUGAAACCGAAUUCCCAACACCUCAGCCCCAGAAUGUUGCCAGAGUCUGCCUCUCUGAGAAUCCUCACGUUGAAGCUGCUGAGACAAGGAUACCCUCUAGUCUCAAGAAACCCGCUGCGUCCUCAGGAAAAGAUGGAGAGAGUUCCAGCAGUACUGAGCAGGAUAAUAAGGUAUACAAAAGGAAAACCAGGUCCCAAUCUGAUAGUGCUCCCCCUGGCUCAGAAUCGGAUGGAGAUUCAGUCCAGAUGUCUUCCAGCCGCAAAUCAGUUGACUCCAAAAGUAAAACAAGCUCGGACAGCAGAAGCAAAGCAGUAAAAAAGUCUUCCUCUGGUUCACAUGUGGAGGAAAAAGAAAAAAGUUCCUCUAAGCGGUCAGAGAAUCAUGAACGGUCUUCUAGUUACUCCAAAUCAGACCGUGAUUCUAGACACACAUCAUCGCGCUCAUCUCGAUCUGACAAAGAUCGCAGAAGGUCCAGGUCUAGAUCACGGUCUAGAUCAAGAGGGUCUCGAACAAGUUCAUCUCACUCCAAAACAGAGAGAUCCAGAGGCGACAGAGGAUCACGCUCUGAAAGGUCAUACUAUCAUGAUUCUGACCGGAGAUCACACAGGAGUUCUCCACGUAGAGACAGAAGACGUUCUCGUUCUCGCACUGACAGAACUCGGGACAGUUCUGACUCUGAAGAUGACCAUAGGAAGACGCGGACAAGGACAAGUGACUCCAGUAGAUCAUCCACGCACUCAAACUCUCAUAAAGAGUCGAAAUCCUCUUCCUACUCAAAAUCUGAGAAAGCAGCUAAAUCAGUAGAUUCUCCUCAUUCUUCAGAGUUGGAUAAAAGAACACAAUCCUCAAAGUCUGAAAGGACUUCAAAGCGGCUGUCAGACUCUGAUUCACAGCGCAAGUGCUCUCCUGAUCUGGACUCAAGUUACCGUAAGUCUAGCACCCAUCAUAAGUCAGAGACCAACAGCAAAUCCACUUCUUCCAGCCAGCAUACCCACUCUCAAACAUAUGAAAAACGCCAGAAAAGCAGCUUGAGUGACUCUGAGGCAGAUCAUAAGGGAAAAUCACAGGCCCCUGACAAAAGCUCUGGUUCGGAGGACAAUUGUAAAAACUCCCAAAAGAAAACCAGUAGACAGGACUCGAAACAGAUGACCCCCUCUAGGUCUUCUGUGAAAACCACUGGACAUGAUAGACAAUCAAAUGACAUUUUUCACAGCCCCAGCAAAGCACCAACAUGUGCAGCCACCACAGAGUCUUUUGCUCAUAGCAAACAUGGCUCUGAAUCCCAAUUAGAUGAUACAAACCAGAGAAAUGAACAAGGUAAUCAGGAUGUUCUGGAGAUGGUCUCAUGCACUGAUAAGAGUUUGCAAGAACCAUCAUCCAACAGUUCAAACGAAACAAUAUCAGGUCUUGAAGUAGAGAAUAAAAAUGCCUCAGCUAUAAGCUCAAGUGAAAGCCUAAAGCAUGUAAAUGUUGCCUUGGAAAACUUGACCAACUCUCAAAAUAGACCACAUGUUAACUCAAAUGCAGCAGUCUUAAAUUCAUGCAGUAGUAAUGAUCACAUAAUGUGCAGCCAGGACAUGAAAGUUGUUGACUGUUCUUUAGGGCCAAAGUCCUUACUUGAUACAGCAGAUAUAACUGUCACACAUGAUGCCCAGCAGAACACUAAACCAGAGAUUGUUGAGUUGAAGCAAGUUUUGACUGUCAAUGACCAGUCUGGCACAAAUGCGCCACUCAAAUCUGAUUUAUCAUGUCUUGAAUCUGAGAAUCAGCUGACAUAUGGCCAGCAAAAUGCAGAUACUGUUAAAAAGAGCAGCAGUGCUACCAAAAAGUCUCGAUGGGAUAUUGUGGGGCAGGACACCUCAGAGAGUGAUACUUCACAGAGAACACUUUGUGCAGAAAGUAAGCCUACUGUUAAAAAAGUGAUCUCCGUCAAAAAAAUUGAGUUUUCUAAAGACAAUAGCCAACAAGACUCUGAUAUUAAAGACAAUACUCUGCAAGAAGUUGAAACACAUUCCAAACUGGUGAGGCAGACUGAGAUCUUUAAGCAGGAAGUCGGCUCAGACAGCACAUCUAUGACUGACAGAUGCAAAGACCAAAGUGAGCCUUCACUAGCAAGCACCAGCAUUGACCACUGUGACUUAAAACGGACUGUUUCUCAAAAAACAAACACAGAUGAGCCCCUGCACUUAAAUGAUACAUCACAGGUUGACAAAGCUGCAAAGAUGCAGAGUUGGAACGGUGAUGAUCAUGAAGAAAAAUCAGAGGACAGUGCUCAUAAGAGCAAAUUGAAUAAAAGAACAUCACUCAGUCAGGAUGCAUUAGGAGGACAGAGUGAGGCCAGUGAUAGUGACAACUCAGAGUAUGACUCCGAUUGCGGAGAGGCUAUAAAACGGUUGCACUCAGUGGUGGUGGUGCCAAAGAAUUCUUCCCUAACAAUGGAUUCACAGGACACUGGAGCUUCCCCCAGCAGUCCAAUUAAUAAUUCAGAACUCCAGAAUGCUAAUAUAGCAGCUGGCGUGAAUAUCAGUGGAAUCCAAAAUUGUCCUUCCAUUGCAUUUGGGGAAACCAGUGUGGGUAUAAGUGAUUCAUCCAAUGCCAGUAUGUUGUGUCAAUCCCAGAGUAAUAUGAUUGAUAGCACUAGUCACUCGGAGGGUUCCAGCUCUGUUGGUGUCCAGCCUUACACGACUGGUCAUAUCAGUGCCCAUGGAGGUACCACAGAUCCUGCCCACAGCCUUGAUAAUUCCAGACAUUGUGAGCAAGGACACAAACAGCAUAACGUAAGCAGCAGAGGUGAAAGGAUGUACUCCCAUUACAAACAUGAUUUCUCCAAUGCUGACAACAUCAAUGACAAGCACGGGUUCAGUCUGGGUUGGGAUUUUUCACAACCAGAACAGCCCAGUAGUACAUAUCAGCAGCCAGACAGCAGUCAUGAGCCACAGUUACCGAACACUAAACUGACAGAAAACUGUCCCAAGGGACAGGAACACAGGCAGAGUAAUGCCUCCUGGAACCACCAAACCCCAAACAUGCAGAAUAGUAGAAAAGCCUACCUCCAUGUGCACGAACAUUAUCAGGACCCUGCAGGUGAAAUCCAUCCUGACUCGCUCACUAAUGACCAUGAUGACUACAGUGGCGAUAAACCAUCCAAUCUUAGUAAAACAGCUGUUGAAUGCAGCGCACCUAACACUCCAGGGUCAUCAAGCUUUGUACAAGGUCAUGAAAUAAGCAGCAACAGCAGGGGCUCUACUGUGCCUGAUCCCCCAAGAGAAGACAAUUUCAGGCCCCACAGAGGCAGGGGCCCUCCCAAGAAAAGGCGACCAGAAAUCGAGUCCGAUUCAGACAAUGAGGCAGAAGCCGGGCCUGCAGACAAGAGGGAGCGUCAAGGAGAUACUGAUGUCUCUAAGGAAACUCUUGUCAAAGCUGAGGUGAACCGCCCAUCACUCACUCUGCGGGACUUUCAAGACUCCAAUAAAUGGAAAGACUUGUCCAGGUCUAAAAAAAUGCCGCCCUAUUUUGACUUGAUAGAGGAGAAUCUGUACCUAACUGAGAGAAAGAAGAGCAAAUCUCAUCGAGAUAUCAAGAGGAUGCAAUGUGAGUGCCCAGUGCUGCCCAGAGAAGAGCGUUCAAGGGGAGUAUUGGCAUGUGGGGAAGACUGUUUAAACCGACUGCUGAUGAUUGAGUGCUCAUCGCGGUGCGUAAAUGGAACCUACUGCUCUAAUCGACGCUUUCAAAUGAAACAGCAUGCAGACUUUGAUGUUAUCCUCACAGAGGACAAAGGCUGGGGACUACGGGCAGCUAAAGACCUGGCUCCAAACACCUUUGUACUAGAAUACUGCGGGGAGGUGUUGGACCACAAGGAGUUCAAAACAAGGGUUAAAGAAUACGCUCGCAACAAGAACAUCCACUACUAUUUCAUGUCUCUAAAGAAUAAUGAGAUCAUUGAUGCCACGCUGAAGGGUAAUUGCUCUCGGUUUAUGAACCAUAGCUGCGAGCCCAACUGUGAAACCCAAAAGUGGACGGUCAAUGGCCAGCUUAGAGUUGGGUUCUUCACCACCAAGGCAGUCACUGCAGGAACUGAACUGACAUUUGAUUAUCAGUUUCAGAGAUACGGCAAAGAAGCACAGAAAUGCUUCUGUGGAGCUCCCAGCUGCAGAGGCUUCCUGGGUGGAGAGAACAGAGUUAGUGUUCGAGCAGCUGGAGGGAGGAUGAAGAAAGACCGCAGUCGAAAGAACGCUCUCACCACGGUUGAUGAGGAACUGGAGGCAUUACUGGAGAAUGGAGAAGGCCUGUCUGAUGAGAAACAGGUGGUGUCCCUCUGCAGACUUAUGGUCCGAGUGGAAAACAUGGAGCAGAAACUCAUCUGUCUAAAGCUCAUACAAGAUACUCAAAAUCCGUCAUGCCUGAAGCAGUUCCUGGACCAUCAUGGAUUGUCUUUGCUGUGGAUUUUCAUGGUUGAGCUUUCUGAAGCUAAGGGCAACAGUGCUAAUAACAUCAAACUGCAAGUAGAGAUCAUGAAGACCUUGGCUGUGCUACCGAUCUCUACUAAGAACAUGUUGGAGGAGAGCAGAGUCCUGACUUUCAUUCAGCGAUGGGCUCAGACAAAAACACUCCCUCAGCCUGCUGAGAUGGAUGGCUACUCUAGCGAGAACACCUCCCGUGCUCAAACGCCUCUCAACACCCCUGAUGGUUCCUCUGCCAAACUGGGACCAGAACUGGAUGGUGACACCUCCAAACCGGCUGUGUACCGUCGCCUUAAAAUCAUCAGUGAAAACAGUCUGGAUAGCGCACUCUCUGACGCCAGCAAAGCAUCUGAUGGGAAGGAAGAAGAAGAGGAGGAGGAUGAUGAUGAGGAGGAAGAUGAAUCUUCACAAGGAGGAGUUCCUGAUGACAAACAGUUGAAGCCAGAGCCAGCGGGUGGAGCUGCAGAUCCAACGAAGGAAGUAACGGAAGAGUCAGUCAAAGAGGUCAAAGAGGAGACACAGGAAGAGGCAGGAAUGAGUUCAAGCAGCCAACACCAACCUCAGACUGAGGAGGUUAAAGACAAAAUGGAAUUGGAUUUGGAGAAGAAGGACAUUGAGAUGAAAGAAGACACAAGUGAUGGUCUGAAGGAAGAACCUGAGGUGCCAAAAGAGCCUAGUGAAGAACAGGAGAGUGGGGAGGAGCAGACCAGUCAGGCAGUGUCAGAAAAGGCUGAAUUGGAAGGAGGCGAUCCCACUGUUAAAGUUCACGAGCCAGAGAGUCAGUCUAUCCAGAAAGAUGUUGCUGAUCUUCCACCUGAACAGCCCUCAGAGCAGAUGGAAGUCCAGCAGUCAGAGACACAGGAGCCUGAGAAACCUCCUCCUGACAGUGAGGCGCAAUCUGGUGAAUCUACUACUGAGGCUCCCCCUAGCUCUGAGACCCCAGACGCCAGUAUGCCCUCUGAGGUCAAUAUGUCCUCUGAGGUCACAGCAGCACCUGUCGACCCAUCAGUGAUAGGAACUCCCUCUCAGGAUGAAGAGGAAGGUGUAUCAGAUGUGGAGAGUGAAAGGAGUCAGGAGCCCCAACUUAGUGCUUUGGAUAUUACUGGCAUGGCUGCCAGGCUUCUGGAAAGCUGGAAGGAUCUGAAGGAGGUGUACAGGAUACCAAAGAAGAGUCAGGUGGAAAAGGAAGCGAAUGACCGCAGCCGAGAUCGAGAAACAGCUUUGACACCACGCACCACUUCUGGUAGCAGAGAACGUGAAAGGGAGCGAGAAAAGGAGAGGGAACGCGACAGAGACAGAGAUUAUGACAGAGACAGGGAUCGAGAAAGGGAUCGAGACAGGGAUCGAGACUGGGACAGGGACAGAGACAGAGAAAGAGACCGGGACCGGGACCGGGAUCGUGAUCGCGAUCGAGUUUCUGACAAAACUCCGCGCAGUACUGAGAGACGGAGGAGACGCUCCACAUCUCCGCCACCCUUAUCCUAUGAGAGGAGCAGCCGACGCACCGAGGAACGGUUUGACCCAUCUAACAGCAACAAGACACCGAGGGGAGUUGGUGGCAAGGAGCGCAACAAGCUGUCCACAGAGGAACGCAGAAAGCUGUUCGAGCAGGAGGUUGCUCAGCGGGAAGCCCAGAAACAACAGCUUCAACAGCAGCAGCAGCAACAGCAGCUCCAAACUAUGGCUUAUGACCCUGCGUUGGCCUAUGCGUCCAGCCCUGGCUUCAUCACCUACCCUCCUGGUUAUCCCAUCCAGACCUUUGUGGAUCCCUCCAACCCCAAUGCAGGCAAAGUACUGCUACCUACCCCUGCGGUUGAGCCCACCAUGAACUAUGAACAGACUCCUCCCCAGCGUCUCAUCUCCGACCUCAGAAUGUCCUCUCCAUCCUCCACUUCCCAGGCCACUCCAGUCUCAAGUAUCUCUCAGCACAUCACCACCACCAACCUCGCCACUGGCAACCCCCAGCAGUAUGCCCAGCCAACUGUAGCAGCCCAGGACGGAGGGGUAGCUGUCCUCUCUGUACCUGCCCAGACGGCCCCUCAGGUACAGAGCCAGCAGAGUUACACCACUCUCUGGGACCCCACUACUCAGCAGGCUGUAACUGUGCAGACCCAACCAGCACAGCAGUAUGCCGCAUCCCCAGCAGCAGCUCAGACACAAACAGCCAUCUAUUACCAGGGCCAGCCAUGCCAAACCAUCUACAGCAUCCCCACUGCCUACCCUCAGGCCAACACUCCCGUCAUACAGGCGUACACUGAGCCCACAGCCGGCUACCUGCACGGCCAGCCUGUGUAUCCUGGUCAUCAGCAGGGAGUGGUGGUGCAGCAGGGAGGCACCGUCACCACCAUUGUCACAUCCCAAACUGUCCAGCAGGAGUUAGUGACAGAAUGUCAGGAAGACAGUUCAAGAAUGAGUGGAAAGAAGACCCUCAGUCCCCAAGGGACUGGUUAGGGGAAGUAUCAGGAGAUGUGCAUAGGGCAUAUUGCAAGUUUUGCAAGAAGUCUUUUGAUGUCGGUAAUAUGGGCAUCUCAACACUGAAGAAUCAUACAUGAGGGCAAGGCCAUGUCAAAGUUGCUGGACAAUUAAACAGUAGUCCCUUUUACACAGUCUGAUCAAGGCGGGAAUGCUGUGCCUUUAUUCCACUUAGCUGUUCUGUAUAAAAGGUACAGACACGGAGUGGGGGGGCAGAGUUGCUCCGCCAAUAAGCCGGCUGCAGAGGUAGUCACAGAGCCAGAUCAACAUCUGUGUAAAAGGGAAAGCUGGCACAGUGAGACAGGGAGCUGACGCUUUUGUGUUACACAUCACACCUCUGAUUCGCUGCAACGCUGGCAUGAUAUCUAAAAGCACACAUGAGGGCGGCAUUAUGCCGACUUUGUUUGGUUCAGUGUAAAAAAGCAACGGCGGCUUAAUGACAGAUCUUCUUUAUGGCUAUAAUGUGGGAUAUCUGUAUAAAAGAGCCUAAAGAGAGAAAAAUAACACAUUUCUUGAGGGUGACACCUUCAAAAACACAGGAGAGGGAAGUAGCUGUCCAACAAACCAAGAGCCACAAAUAGCCACUCUACAUAAGGAAAGUGGCAGUCAUAGAGGCACAGCAUUACAAGUGUCCAGUACAAGUAAACAGGGAAAAAGCUCAGUAGCACAAGGCAACUCAGCAUUUUUUUAAGCCAAGCCAUGCUUGAAGCAGAGAUUCAUGGGGUAAUCAAGAUGGUCAUGUCCCACCACCCAUUAAACUCCAGCUCUGAUAUGUCUGUCAUUGUUUGUAAGAUGUUGCCAGACAGUGAGAUUGCCAAACAGUUUUUAAUGUGGUGCAACAAAAUUGGCUUACUUUAUAUGUUUUGGCUUGUGUCCCUUUUUCAAAGAGUAGGUGAUCUGAAAGAUAUAAGAAAAGUGCAGUGCUAUGUAGUCUUGUUUAAAGAAUGGCUAAAUAAAGUGACGCAGACAGAACAGAUGGAUAUUGUUGUGCGGUACCAGAGCUAAAUGUCAAGGGAAGGCAGCUGUGCAUUAUUUUGAUUCAGAAUUUAUGGGACACCAUCAAGCAGAGAAGCCUUUGGAGAAAAUCGAGAGCCCUGUCACCACUUGAUCCUAAUAAGCACUUGCAGGUCUCGAUGGAUGGGCCUAUGGUCAACUGGAAGUUUCUGAGAUUAUUCCAAGCGGAGGAGAGCCAAGUGGACCUGGAGGACGCGCCAAAUAUUAUCAAUCUGAGAAGUUGUGGUUUGCAUGUUGUGCAGGGAAGCUUUCAAAAUGGAGAGAAAGAAGCAGGCUGGAAGGUGGGAGAUGUACUGAGAGCUCUUUUACAGUUGUUCCAUGACUCACCAGCAAGGUGAGAUGACUUCAUUGAGGUGACCAAAACAACAACAUUUCCUCUGAAGUUCUGUGUACAUUGAUGGCUGGAAAACUUAGCAGUUACCAAGCGGGCAACAGAAGUGUGGCCAGCAGUGCAGGAGUACAUCAGCAGCCACAAGAAACUUAUGAAAAGUAAUGUGCCAUCACCCGCAUCUUACUGUACAAUAAGAGGCCACUGAUGACCCUCUUUUUCAGGCUAAUCUCCAGUUUUUUGCAUUUGUUGCUAGACAGCUUUUUUGGAGACAUUCCAGACAGAUACCCCAGUGGUGCCUUGUUUAGCAAAGGAGCUCCAGUCCACCCUGAGAGCCUUGCUGUCACGCUUUAUCAAAAGGGAAGAACUGGAGAAGAUAAAGAUCCCGUCCAGCUGCUGAAACCGGACCCACAAUACAAAGCAAUCCAUGUGCCACUCAAAACAGCUGGACAUGGGAUUUGCCACAAAGGAAGCUUUGGAGAAGGCAUAUAAAAAGCUCCAGGAAAAUCCAGUGAAUAUACAGGUGAUCAAGAAAGAAUGCGUCUCCUUCCUUGCUGUGACAUGCAAGGAAAAUCAUGGAGAGAAGUCCUCUUAUGUACCCGGCAGUGCGGCACAUGAGCUCCCUUGACCCUGUGACCAUGGUAACAGAAGCUGAAAGUGCAAUUGUAAUAUUUGAGAAAUUCCUACAGGUUCUCCUCAAUGCGGGAUGGCACACUGCCUCUGAGCGUGACAAAGUUCUUGCUCAGUGUAAAGCAUUCUCCUUGCAUGUCAGUGAAAACCAUAAAGCAGAGCUCCAAGAUUUUGUUUACAGCUGCAGGCUUGAUGAAUUUCUGGGAAAAUUUGUUAGUGGCAGAGCUGAGUAUGCAGCAUUGUGGGACCUAAUGAAAUGUCUUCUCACACUGUCUCAUGGACAAGCUGCAGUAGAAAGAGGGUUUUCUGUCAACAAGGAUAUGGUUGUAGAAAACCUGAGGGAGAGGACUCUAGUAGUAUUGUGCUUGGUCCAGGAUGCAGUGGCUGAGCAUGCAAUAGAUGAAGCCCUGCCAAAAGACUGCAUUCAACACAGCAAAGGAGCAAGGAUGAGUGCAGUACCUGGAGGAUGAAAAGAAGAAAAAUGACCAAAUUGUUAACGAGAAGAAAAGAAAGGAGCUCCAUUAUGAAAUGACAAAUGUCAAAGCAAAACAGCAAAGAAUAAUCAAAACGAUGCAGAAAGAGUCAGACAUAAUGGUAGUCAGGGCAAAGAAAAAAACAGGACUUCACAUUACUGUCAAUAUCAAAUGCCUAUCGCAAAGUGUUACAGAGAAAAGGGAAGAGCUGGCAGCUCUAGCCAAAACUCUGGAAAACCUGCAGCAGAGUGUCAAGAGACCACACUAAACUCAAUGAAGAACAUUUUUAUUUGAAUGUGACAUUUGCUUUGUUUUAUAAUGACCACUUUGCAGGAUGAAUAUCCAUGAUACAGCAGCUAUAUUUUGAGUUACUUAAAAAUUAAUGUUUGUGGCCGUGGACAUUUAGAUGUUAUUCAGUUCUAUGUAGGCCAAUUUAUGUGUAUGUACUUUUACCUAGCCUUUUUUAGAGAAAGAGACAGGAGAGAAAGUAAGAGAGAAAAGAGAAAGCUGAGGUGAUUGUUGCCCAAACCAUCAUUGUAUCUUGCUUGUACUAAUAAAGUGAAGUGCUGUACAUCUGCAGGUGUGUUUGCAUUAUUCUAUGAUCAAUUUGUCAUAAUUUUUAAGCAUGUAAGAGAUAAUUUCAUAGAUAAGUUAUAGCCAUAGACUGCACAUCUUUUUAAAUCAGACUUCCACAGAGAGGAACAUAUUAGUGUAUGGUGCGAUCCCUGUCUGUCAUACCGGCUAGAUCAUCACUGAAAAUGUCCUGGAAAAGUCCUCGAAAAUGAUCUCACGAAAAGAGUGGGAACCCUGAAUGAGAAAUUGCCUUUUAAGAUGUGACUAAAUCUUGAAGAAAUUAAGGAAAGGGCUCAGUGGUUCCCCACUUGUAAAUAAGAAUCUAAAUACUACCACGUAUGACUUUAAACCACAGUCAUCAUCAGUAAUAAAGCUCAUAUGAAUCAAUUUCUCGCAGCAAAACCCAAGAAAAAUUGUGGGUUUUUAUAAGGAUGCGUUGAUUUUCUGUUGGAACUUAUUCCCCAUGUUCUUCUCUUCUCCAGGAAA